AUUCAGCAGUCCGGUUCAUCGAGACCAAAAGUGAAGCCUUUGGUACAGAGAACCAUUCCGCUUUCCUUCUCUGAAGCCAAUUCUCUCACCUUCAAAUGUUGAAAAGCAAAGCCUGAUAACCGACUUCUUCACAGGGGCCUUUUGAAUACUGAUUUGGGAGAUGACCAAAGAACGGCCACCUGAGCCACUUGAUUUCUUCAUUUGGACUGUUGAGGAUGUUGGUCUGUGGUUGGAAGAGAUAAAUCUUGGUGGCUACCGCCAAAUUUUCAAAGAAAAUGGUGUCAAUGGAGAAUAUUUGGAGGGAAUGUCCAUGUUCACAACGGAACAGAUACUUCGGUUUAUAAGGCGCUGCCACAUGAAAUGGGGGGACUUCAUCACCUUGUGCAAGGAACUGAGGCGAAUCAAAGUGGCUUGCCUGAAAGGGGAGCAAAAGGUCCGCAGACCAUGGUGGGCUCCACCUUUCCUCUCAGCAGUGUUUGUGAAGGUGGCGAAGCGCAACAGGCAGUCACGAGUCGUUUCCUUGAAGUUGGAACCUUGAUCAUAGCUCUGCUUUUAUGAAUGUACUAUAAAUUUUCUUUAAGAAAAACAAAGAUUAGGAAACAAUUUUUUUUGUCUGCAUGUACUAUAAAUUUUCUUUAAGAAAAACAAAGAUUAGGAAACAUUAUUAUUUUUUUUGGGGGAAGGUAUUGCUGUUUGUUUCUCUUCGAGGAAACCCUCUUUGUAUGCAAGCCCUUCUAUAAACUUUGUUUUUGUAAUUGCUUCUUCUGUUCUAAAUGUGUGGAAAAGAAUAUAAUGAUUUAGCUGAAA